UCGGGUUAAAGUUUAACUGAGAGGAGGAGAAGCAGAGUCGGCUGGACAGUCUGUGGUCUGGGGAUCAGAUGAGGGAAGAGCAGAAAGAGGAAGAUGAUGGCAGGACAGAACGCUAAUAUACUUAUAAUCGGGUGCGGUAUUGCGGGGAUCGGUGCUGCACAGAGGUUAAUACGGCACGGCUUUAAUAAUGUUCGAGUGCUUGAAGCCACGUCCAGAAGCGGAGGAAGGAUUAAGACAGGCAGUCUCGGCAGUAACAUUGUAGAGAUCGGUGCUAACUGGAUUCAUGGACCAUCACAGGAGAAUCCAGUGUUUCGUCUGGCCUGCCAGUACCAGUUACUGGACAAGGAGUCCAUGUCUGAGGAGAAUCAGGCAGUGGAAGUUGGUGGUCACCCGCCUUUUAUACCAAACUGGUUUUCUAGCUCAGGCAGGAAGCUUGAUUCAGAGAUGAUGGCACCUGCAUCAGAGCUCUUCAUGACAUUGUUUGAGAAAUGCCAGGAGUUCCAUGACAGUGGUGAAGAACCCCUGCCCACUGUAGGGGAAUACUUCAAGAGAGAGGCCCUCAAGGUAGCCAACGAAGAAUGGAACGAGGACCAGACAACCAAGAAGCUGAGGCUGGCUUAUUUAGGCACACUGCUGAAAGUAGAGUGCUGUGUCAGUGGAACACACACUAUGGAUGAUGUAGGCCUUGGAGCAUUUGGCAUGUACAAGACCCUUCCUGGAUUAGACUGCACUUUCCCAGGUGGUUACGAAGGCUUAAUUAAGCACAUGAUGAAUGAACUUCCCAAGGACACUGUCUUGUACAAUAAACCAGUUAAGUGCAUUCACUGGAAUAACACCUACAAGCAGUCAAGCCAAAAAGGGAGGACCUGCCCUGUAACCGUUGAAUGUAUUAGUGGAGAGACAUUUGAUGCAGAUCAUGUCAUUGUUACCAUUCCAUUGGGUUACUUGAAGAAGCACCAGCACACACUUCUACAGCCUUCUAUGCCAUUACGCAAAUUGCACUCCAUCCAGAGGAUGGGUUUUGGGACCAACAAUAAGAUCUUUCUGGAGUUUGAGAUGCCAUUCUGGGAUGAAGAUUGUGAGGCUAUCUAUCUUGUAUGGGAAGAUGAGUCUGCUCUAGCUGAUAUUGUAUCUGAUGUGAAGAUGGCCUGGGUCAGAAAGCUCUUUGGGUUCACUGUUCUAAAGCCCGCAGAAACGUUUGGCCAUGUUCUUUGUGGUUGGAUUGCUGGGCAUGAAUCAGAGUACAUGGAAACUCUGACAGAAUUGGAAGUGUUGAAUACGAUCACUCAGGUCAUCCGCAGGUUUACAGGGAAUGCAACAAUUGCACCAAAGAAGCUUCUACGGUCCCAGUGGUUCCUUGACCCCUACACCUGUGGAUCGUACACCUAUGUGGCUAAAGGAUGCUCGGAUUUUGACAUAGAUAACCUUGCAGAGCCUCUACCACUGCCAGGUUCAAAGGAUCAGCCCUUACAGGUGAUGUUUGCUGGCGAGGCCACUCACAGAUCCUUCUUUUCCACUGUCCACGGAGCCCUGAUUACAGGCUGGAGAGAAGCAGACCGUCUCCUCUCUCACUACACUACCCCAGCAGGACUGGUCACUUCAAAACUGUAAAAAGUGGAGUGUGUGUUGAGAGAUAAAAUUACUUGUCUUUGUUUUUUAUAUGAGCAGGUUGAGCUGAUGCAUAAAUUGUGCUUAAUACUUUUUUGUAAAUACUCUAGGCCCAGGUGCUACGAACAGUUUACACCUGGUGUGACGUGUGCAUAAGAGUACAAAAAAAGGCCAAAAAUUUAUAAUGAGAGCAUUUCUUACAAAAAGUACUAUCCAAAUAAUUUUGUAAUAAAUAAUGCUAAAUUAAUAGUAAAUCAAACAAAAUUUUUUACUUUUUUAUUAAGAGCCACUUUCACUAACCUGUACAAACCAACUGUUAAUUAUUGUAAUUACAGAUACUGUCCAUAGGGUUUAGGGUUUGUAAUGGCCAUCAAUGUAUAUGCCUGAGCUGGCACGUUUGCUGCAUUUGGCAGUUCCCUACAAAAGUCGUACAGGUGUAUUAGCUAAUUGAUGUCAGAAUUAUUGUUUUUCUUUAGUUUUUGGUCGAGAUCAUUUCAAGAGUGUUUUAUUAUGAUAAUUUAUAAGGAACAAGGAUAUGUGCAAAAUUUGCUAAUUUGUUGUUCUUUAACAUUGACACAGUCUGCUAAUAAAUGUGAAAUUUAUAAAUCUGUUGAAAAGUUUUCAUGAAGGUCCAAAAUUUGACUUUACAUGUUUUUAUGAAGGUUUCAUAAAUGAUUACCUUGAACUCUGGUUAAGACAAUCCAUCCAAUUUUACCGUCCAGGAAUUACUGACAGUUUUAUUGGCUGUAGAAUUCGUAAAUGCUUUUGCUUUGUAUGUUGCUUGUUUCUGCCAAACGUAAGAAAGAAAUGUGUAUUUUAAAAAUACUAAAAUAAAUAACUUAAAAAGGUUUUGCACACUCCUUAUAAAUCAGUAAAACAGUGCAUUUAGUCACAAACUGCAGUGACUGAUGAUUUUUGUGUUGAAAAUCAAAGAUGCAGUAAAGGCUUUAAGAUGACCAAAUCAGGUUUUAUGUGAUUUCUACCCUAGAGAAUGUUUUUGGUUUACAAAUGAUACUUUAUUUCAAGCGCAGUAUGUGUUACCCUUACAUUAAUAUAAAGUAUGUUAAAAUUUUAACACUGAAUAACAAAUUAUUGUCAUAAAAUAAACAAUAUAGCUGUG